AUGCUAGAAACCCCGAGCCUCAAUACUAACUCCAACCCCCCCUUAUUUAUUCCCGCAGUGGCUAACCGUUUAAGAGAAUACCAAGUCAUUGGUAGAAGACUUCCAACUGAAACUGUUCCAGAACCAAAGUUAUUCAGAAUGAGAAUCUUUGCUCCAAACGAUGUUGUUGCAAAGUCUAGAUACUGGUACUUCUUGCAAAAGUUACACAAGGUCAAGAAGGCUUCUGGUGAAAUCGUUGCAUUGAACGUCAUCUCCGAAUCCAAGCCAACCACCGUCAAGAACUUUGGUGUUUGGAUCAGAUACGACUCCAGAUCUGGUACUCACAACAUGUACAAGGAAUACAGAGAUGUCACCAGAGUUGGCGCUAUUGAAACCAUGUACGCAGAUUUAGCUGCAAGACACAGAGCUAGAUUCAGAUCUAUCCACAUCUUAAAGAUUGUUGAGCUUGAAAAGACUGCAGAUGUUAAGAGACAAUACAUCAAGCAAUUCUUAACCAAGGACUUGAAGUUCCCUCUUCCUCACAGAGUCACAAAGUCCAAGAAGUUAUACGCUCCAAAGAGACCAACUACUUUCUACUAA